AUGUUUAGUCUAGUCUCCUCCACUACUUUUGUGCCUGACUCAACUAUGGACACCCCCGGAGAUACCUUGACUUCAUCAGAUGUCUCCCAUGUUGAGACGGAGUCUCUGCAUGUUAAAGACCAGGAGACACAAGCCGAUUUGGAGCGGCUCAGCAACCUGGAGGGGUCGGAAUAUUCAGACCAAGCUGGUACAGCAUUAAAGGAAAUGCAGACAGGGUUUGAAUUUACUGUGCAGAUAGCUCAGUAUAAAGACAACAAGAAGCAGCGGCAGCAUGAGAAGAUGGAUGCUUCCAGAGAUACCCCAACAUCAUCAUACAUUCCAGAUGAUAUGACAGAGGGCUUGGAUGGUAAGAGCCAAGCAGCCCAUUUGGAGAACAGGGCAAAGAGAGAAGCUGAUGCUUUGCAGCCAGAAGGAUUCACCAGCAUGGGUGAGAUCAGCAAUUUGGAGGAGCUGGAACAGCCAUGUGGCAGACGCAUCACAGCCACUGAUCUCGAGCUGGAGAAGAUGAGGUGGGAUUCUGCCCUGACCAGGCUGAAACACAAACAUGAAGACAAUGAAAAGCAACGGCAGCAUGAGAAGACUAUGGAGCAGAUACGUCAACAGGCAACACCCAGAUCACUUGGCCAAGGACUCCACGACCUACUCCAGCCCCAGAACCAAUACACCUUGUUUCUAUACUGCUUCAUCUUUAUACACCUCAUUUACACAGUGAGGGAGCUGGCGUUCUAUUUUGUUAUAAAGCACUACUUGUUUUGCUUUGCCAUCGUGCUCUAUUUCAUUUUCAAGAAGAUUUUCCAGGAUUGCAAAAAUAAGAAAAAAUGUUGCUAAACCAACUGCACAUUUGCUACAGUUGAAACAGAUGCUGAUCUGUCCUGACUUUUUUCCCCACUUUUCCUGCUCCCCAUCUCCAUUAUCCCACCUGCGCUUCACCUAGCAUUUUCGCUAUCAUUAUAUACACAAUGCUAUAAUUUGUGCAAGUUUCACUUACUC